AUGACUCCAGUAUAUCUCCGAUAUCCCUUUCUUUUAUCAUGUAUCGUUCUUACACUCUCUCUCUUCUUCAUCUCUAAGGAUGCAUCUGUUGUCCAAUUUGCAACUUCUCUCCAGGAGAAGCUACCAUGGCCGUGGGCAGACAUGUCUCGGCGUGCCGACGACGAGACCCCUUCUGGCGACAACCCCAUCGACCAAAGUGGACCAGACAACGGCAACUCGGUCCAGGAAAGUGAACCGGAUUUUACUUGUUCCAAGGAUAGGAAAUGCUCCAACGGCGCUUGUUGCGGUAAGGAUAACUGGUGCGGCUACGGACCAACCUACUGUGGCAAGGGCUGCCAGUCCAACUGUGAUGCUUUUGCCGAGUGCGGCCAGUACGCCAAGAAGCCCGGCCAGACAUGUCCACUCAAUGUGUGCUGUUCUGAGUUUGGAUACUGCGGCACGCAAACCAACUAUUGCAACAACAAAUGCCAGUCCAACUGCGGUGCCCCAACUCGACCCAAGGGCAAAGGUGGCGACGUCCGGAAGCAUAUCAUUGGCUACUAUGAGAGUUGGAAGUCGUCUGGGGAGAAUUGCGGAGAAAUGACCCCGUACCAGAUCCCGGCUGAGCAUCUUGAUGCUGUCAACCUCGCCUUUGCAUACAUUACACCCAAGAAUUACGACAUCGUUCCAAUGGAGAACCAGUCCGAGUCCAUCUUCCAGCAGGUGGCAGACGUCAAAAAGCGCAGCCCAAGUACUGAGAUUUGGCUCUCAGUGGGUGGGUGGACGUUCAACGACAACCACACCGCUACCCAGCCCAUCUUUGGCGAACUUGCUGCUGAUAGUGCCAAAGCAAAGGGCUUUGCGCAUAAGCUUGUAGCCAUGAUGAACCACUACGGCUUCGACGGAGUUGAUCUCGACUGGGAGUACCCUGGCGCCACAGACCGAGGCGGCAAGAAGGAGACGGAGCUGAAGAACUUCCCAACCCUUCUGAAGAAUAUCCGGGAAGUACUUGACCAACAACUCCAGCGGCCCAAGAUUUCUAUCACCGUCCCGACAUCCUACUGGUACCUUCGUUGGUUUGAUCUCCCAGAGCUGGCCAAGCACCUCGACUUCUUCAAUGUCAUGAGCUACGAUCUUCACGGCACCUGGGAUUCUUCCAACCCGAUUGGUCCAUAUGUCUAUGCCCAUACCAAUCUUACCGAGAUCAAGCUCGCCCUUGACUUAUUUUGGAGAGAGGACAUUAGCCCAGACAUUAUCAACUUGGGUUUGGCUUUCUAUGGACGAUCCUUCAAGCUGAAGGACCCUUCCUGCUCUGACCCUGGCUGCGGCUUUGAGGGCCCAGGUGAGGAAGGCCGAUGUACUAAAACCGCUGGUAUCCUAUCCUACCGGGAAAUCAACGAGCUUCGGGGGCCAGCAAGCACAUACAAAGGUUCAUAUACUGUUCAUGACAAGGAAGCUGGGGUCAAUUACAUGGUGUAUGGCGAAAACCUGGAGAACUGGAUCUCCUUUGAUACGAAGGAGACUUUCGAGCAGAAGAUUGACUACGCAAACGAGCUUGGUCUUCGCGGUCUCUUGAUCUGGGCCAUUGAUCAAGACGAUGAUCGAUACACGGCACUCAAGGCUGUAACUGGAGAUGAAAUCAGCCCCAGAGUGGAAGAGAGCGAGGUAAUUGGGCAUUGGGAUGUCAACAAGUGUUACGUGACCGAAUGCAAGGUGGAUUGUCGGGAUGGGUUCACCAAGAUGACAAACUUGAACGAUGACGCCAAGACCAAGAAAGGAUGUGGAGGCAACCACAAGCGACGAACUCUGUGCUGUCCGUCCUGGGGCGCUCCGGAUCCCUCGACAUGUUCGUGGAAGGACUGUCGGGGGACAUGCGAUGCAGGCGACAUUUUAUUCGCCACGGACCAUUACGGAAACGGAGGCCGUCAAUGCUGGAGUGGCACGAAGAAGUUCUGCUGUCCGGCAAACAAUGGCAACAGAGCCGUGGCAUCCUGCAGCUGGUUCAGCAAGGACUCGUGCCCCAAGGAGCGGCCCCAGAAGCUCUACAGCUAUACCGAAGGCCAGCAGCUUGACAGCGAGACUGUCUUUAGUUCGCGAACUUUUUGCUGCCCCGAGAAACCGAAGUUCGAAAACUGCAAGUGGUAUGGCGAUGUGGGCUCGUGUAACAACAACUUCUGCCCCAAGGACAAGAUCCAGGUUGCGGGCAGCAGUACUCGCCCCGGGGGAAGGUGUAGCUAUGGCCGCAAAGCCGUCAUGUGCUGUGAUCCUCCAAUUGGGGACGAUCCUAUCCUUCCCGUGGCUCUGGAAGAUCUCUUUCCCUACAUCAUUCCUGAGGACAGCGAGCCAGUCUAUUAUGAGUCCAUCGACAGCACUUCUGACUCCGUUCCAAACACCGACGACCUGGAAGACCCCAAUGAACAACCCUUUGCAUGGAUUAUCAUGGUUGGCGAUGAAGAGGAUGUGCAGUCCCUCCGCAAGCGCGACGGGUCCCAUCUCGAGCUCUUCGAAUGUCCCAACCCAACACAAGACGACUAUCAAGUCCAGAAGCUCAAAGCGGUCUGUAUGUCGGAGGGAGAGGGAAGCAACUGCGAACAUCUCAAGCUUGGUGGUGCUCACGGGACAAUCGCGCGUCUCCCAGAGCACUGUGGGCCUGAUGAAUGGGUUCGCGUCGUCUCGUUUGAGCCAGUUGAGGAUCACCCGAUGCCGUCUCACCUACAAAAGCGUGCUCCCCAAGGUGCUAAGAUCUAUCAGUUGGAGUAUGACUACAACUUUCACGAACGCCGGGAAGACGGCGGAGAGGUAUUCGUCCGCAUUGACGGCUCUACUCAUCCGGGCUACUGGGAUCAGAUCGUAGCCUCUAAGACAGGCCAGGGAAUCACUCGCCGGAGCCCAGAAAACUGGCGACAAGACGAAAUGGCCUGGUUUGCUGAACGCGGAUUUGUCCACAACCAAACAGAGACGACGAAACGUGGUGAAUCGCCAUCAACGGGAUGGUGGGUGAAGCAGUUCAAGACUCUGCUGGACGAACACAGCGACUAUGGUGUCCACAAGAAGUUUAACUACAAACAGGUCCUGUACAACGCGAACAAGACUUGUCGGUGGACAGGGGGACUGGGCCAGGCUUCUCUCGAGGCCAGGCUAGAGGGCUCACUCGAGACGACUUUCGACUACGGCAUCUCGCUCAUCGGCACUUUGAAGCAGUUCAACUUCGACCAAGCUUAUGCCUACUUCCACGUAAGCAAUUUUGACAUGGAAGCCGUGAGCGUUGUGGAUGCAUAUGCCGGGAUUCAGAUGCAGACCAGAAAGUCGCCUAUUCUGGGCUGGCUGGACCUUUUCGGUGCAAACUUCAAUGUGAAAGGUCUCGUUGAAGUUGGGCCAUUCUUUGAUAUCCAGGCGCAGCUGCGCGCGGCGCUCAAGUUAUCAGGCGAAGCCCGUGCUGGCCUGACAUUCAAGUCUAGGGCUAUCACUUGGAUGUAUCCGCAGGCCAUGGACGAAUGGCCAGACACGAACGCAUUCACCACCCACGAACCAGACAUUGGACUCCGCCCUAAGAGAGAGAUCAGCGUCAGGGCCAGUGGCGACCUCACUGUUGCUAUCAAUCCAGCUCUCGGCUUCCAGGUCAAGCUCACCUGGCUCGGCAAGCAGCUUGUCAAUCAGGACAUCCGCCUCAACUUCCAGACUGACUACACCUUCUCUGUUACUGCGCAGAAAGGUGGAAAGUCGACCUGUGAUGGGCUGCUGAUGGGUGUUGACCUGCGAUAUGGACUCACCAUCGACAUGUCCAAGCCACUCCCAGGUUGGGGAGGUACAGGACUCCAUCACACGGUUGUCGCGCCGAGAUCCAUUCAGCUCGCAGAGACCCAGUGCAAGAAGUGGGAGACCCCUGAACUCGACCCAACCGAUGGCGAUGGCAAAAGAGCAGUCAAUUCCAGACAUCUCUUCUCUCGCGUUGAUGAUAUUGAGGAUGACGCACUCUUUCCAGACACAGCAGGCGCAUCACUCAGGUGCCUGGAGGACUUCAACACGCCUACUGGGGACUGUCAAGACCGUACCGCCGACGAUGAUGAGCCAGAGAGUGAGUCUCUGGUGAAAAGAAACCUCUUCAAGAGAAGUUCCAAGGACAUUUUCUCCAUUUGCGACGGCGUCAAGAAAAUCAGUAUCAACGGCGUGACCUUUCCAUCUUCUGGUGUCAUGACCAAGACAACCGGCAAGUAUAAGGACACGGAAUUCGAGACCUGGGGACCAGAGGACAAGACAGACUGCGACGACUACUCCUUCGAGAAAUCCGACAAACCCCCACCCGGCGAGUCCAAGUACUACGAAUCGGAGCAUGUGCUGGAAUGGCAGACUCUUACGGGCUUUCUAGAGCAUAUGGGCGAUAUCAAGGACACUCCGGGCAGCACGCCACACGUGGCCAAGAGCCCAUUCAAAGGCUGGGACACCAAGAAUCCAGUGCCCUUAGAAGUCCGCGAGGGAAACAAAAAGUACGCACAGACCGAAAAAAUCAACUUUUGUCACUACGUUUGGCUCUGGUGGUCGCAACGGAAGUUCCAGUACAAGGGCUAUAACAAGCCCGCCUUCGACCAUCUCGUCAUGGCGAUCCCCAACAACGCUUUCUACACGGAUGAGCUGCAGCUUCUCUGGAAAGGAUCCAAUAACAUUAAACAAAGUUUGUGGCAGCCCGCCGAGACAUACGACAUCCGUUCGCCCGAAACAAUGGAGGCUUACUUGCGAGGCGACAAGGUGAAUGGAAAGAAGAAAGAUGUCAAUGAUGCCAUAAAUGUCCUCCGGAAUCUCAUGUUUGCCGUUCGAUAUAUGGCAAAGCCAGAUGUGAAGAGGGUCAUGUUCAACCAGGCUGACCGAAUCUACAAGAGACUGAAUGAGUUUGAAGACAUGUUUGUUGCAGAAGGAAAAAUUGAAGGAUUCAGCGAGUACGUUUACGAGAAGCUCGACCUCGGUGAGAAAUGGCAGAAGUGGUGCAAGGACUCAUACACAACGGCGAAUAUGAGGCAAAAGGACUUUUUCGAGCUAUGGAUUCCGAGACUGAAGACGGAUUACCUGGGCGAUAAAGACGAGGGCAGCGAUGGAGAUGAUGAGGAUUCGGGCAGCGAGAAUGCAGGGUCCGACGCGGGGUCUAAGGGAGGGACUGAGACCAACCAGGAGAUCAUAAAGCGAGUGCAAAAGCUGGUUGAUGCGUACGAAGAGUUCAAGCAGAAUCCAUGGACCAACCCAUUCGACUGGGAUUAG